AUGGAGCUCACCUGGAGAGAAAACUUUGACUCCGUGGAGAUAAGGCUGAAAAAGGAAAUCAGCGGAGAAGGUGGAGACAGCAACAAAAGCGUCUUCUCCGAUGUCAGAUGCAUAGAAGACCUGUCCUCCUACGACGAAUACGUAGUUGAAGUGGAAAAGGCAAAAGACCUCCUUAUAUCUGACACGUACAUCAGAAUAAACCAGAAAAAUAAAACCAUGAACAUCGAUUUGUAUGACAAAAUAAGCAUGGACAAGGAUCAUGUACAUGUUAGAGAAAACACCCAUUUCAUUAUCCUAAAUUUGAAGAAAAAAGAAAGGAAAUUAUGGGGACAUUUAUGUUACUUCAAUAUAUUCGUCAUAUACAGAAAUGCCAUGUAUCCAAAUUUGAUAAAAUGCACAAAGGAAGAAAAGAAGAUAUUAAUUGCACAGGAGAAGAAAUUCAAAUCGGUCAUUAAUGAUAGAAGAAUCAAAAGUUUAGAUGAUCUAAAGAAAAUGCUCAGGAGAAAUAGAAACUCGCGAGACGACUUUAUGAAGAAGUUACAGGAUGAUGCGCAAAGGAUACAAUCCCAGAUGGAGGAACAAAAAAAUGAGCUCCUUCGAAAUCAGAAGGAAGAAAUCCGAAAAAGAGCGGUAGACUCAAUAUAUGAGGAUUGUGACGAAAGCGAAAUGAAUAAACUGGAUGAGCACCAUGAGAUAGACAUGGGAAAUCGCUCACAUGAAAAUGUGGACAACCGGAGCGAACUGCACAUCUCUGGAGAAAAAAAAUCGAAUGAUAUAAAUAGCCAGGUGGAAGGACUCGUCCCAAAUGACAUAGGAAGUAAGCAUCAAUUGGUAGCAUCCGGUUCCGACAUAGUUAAGAAGGACGAACCUAAAGUACUACUACUCCAAGAUCGAGAAACACAAAAUAAGGUCAUCGAAUUGAAGUUUACACAGAUGAAGAGGAACGAACUUCCUGCAAGAGAAUCCAGAAUGCUCAACAAGAAGCUACCCACUUGCACGUCCACCAAAAAUUUCUUCCUCAUCGUAUUGAUAGAAAAGGCAAAGAAGCUCUACUUGAAGAAUUCCGAUUUUGUCAGUUGUUUGGAGACACUGAAAUCGGUAUUAUCCUACUUGGUCGUAGGCCACGAACUAAGUAAGGAGGAACACAUAAAGGUGCUAAACAAUUUCUCCCUCCUACACCUGCUAACGAACAACCUGGAAGAAUGCAUUCUCGCAUGUGACAGAUGCUUGGUUGUAAUAAACGAAGAAGUAAAAUCCUACAAUGUCGAGGAUUUCGUUUUUGAGGAAAACGCGCUAAAGGAUGGAAACAACAGUCAUAUGAAGACAUGGAACACGUUAGAAAAAAUAAAAUCAAAAAACUGUGUUCAGUAUCUUUACAGCAUCUACACCAUUGUCAGUGCACGAAAAGUACUUGCGUUAAUUAAACAAGGGGAAGAAAACCAUUUAGAAAAUGUAGAAAAAAUUUACCUCUCAAUUGAAGAUAUAAAAAAAUAUUUACCAUGCCAUAUUUUUGAAAAUUUCCAAAAGGGAAUUACAAACCUGAGACUUUUCACCACCCUGAUGAAGCAAGUACGCAACAUCAACUUGGAAUGCAUUUCACACACAGAUCAAGUAAAGCAGGGAUUAGCACUAAUGAACAAACAUAUGGUAGGGAAAUAUUUUCGACAUGAUAUUUCUUUCUGUUUCUGCUUUACCAUGAUCAGAUCUUACAAUUUAAAGAACCUCAACAGAUAUUACGAAAACGUUGUAAACAUUGUGCUCUGUAUUUUCGUCCUCAUAGAAAAAGAACAAGAAAAUUAUUUCCAUUUAAAUAAUGUAGAACGUUGUGCAGCAUCGACUUUUACUAUUCUUCACGUAUACCAGUUUCUUCUUCUCAUUAAAAAUGAAAGUAGUUUUUGUGACAAAGUAGGAGAAAUGGACAAUUUCGAUGUAGACGCAUUUCAAUGCCCUCAAAUAAGAGACGAAAUUAUGCACACUUUGACAAAUCACAUGGUGGGAGAGUACACCGACUUGGAUUUUAUUCUUCAAAAUAACCUUUUCUUGAAGGGAAUCGUUUCUCCCAUUUAUCGCGAUGGGGAUGAUAUACUUCAAGAGGAAGCACUGCAGAAACGUUGUGAAAAUAAUCAGAAGGAGGAGGAACUCCUAAUUGAAGAACACACAACAGAUACGUGCCAAACGAAGGAACAACUAUUCCCCCUUAGGGAUAACCUCUUACAGAACAUCCCGUACAAAAUGAAGAAGAGUGGAAAAAUCGUCAAACAUUUUUGCAGAGCUAAUACACACACAUAUCAUGUGAGGAUCGAAACUUUUGGAAGUGUGACAGAGUACCUCAACGUGAAGCAGAAAUGUGAGUUGCUCAAAAUAGAGAUUGUUACAAAAAUGAUAAAAUCCAUGUGCUAUACGCUAAAUAUAAUACAAAAAAUGCACAAGGAAAAUGAAAAAAAAAAGACGCAGAUGAAAAAAGUUAUCUACACCUUACUAGCUGAUUUAUCUUGGAGCAUCCAUAAUAUUAACCCCUCCUGUGGAGAAACAGAAAAUGUGAUUAGCCUCCUGUUUCUCUACUUUUGCUUUUCCUUUAUUUAUAAUUAUCCAAAGAAUGAAUUCAUCAUCGAUACGCAUUACAAGAGGGUCAACGAGGAGGCCCCUUCGAACUAUCUCUCCCUCAAUGAUGCCGCAAAUGAGGGAGCAAAAUUUUCCAAAGACAAGUUGAAAAGCAUACUUGAAAAAACGUUCCUGUAUAAAUUUUUCUUAGACUACAAAAAAUAUAUUGAUCUGGAAAAAAAAAAAAAAAAAAAUCAAAGUUCUGUGGAAUUCACAUCACAAUAUGAUCCUGAGCAUAAUGCCAUGCUGCAGAAAAUUACUUUUUUGAUCAAAAAAAUUAAAAAAGAAUCAAAAGGAAAAACAAAAAUAAAUAGUUACUAUCCAAUAAUAACAUUAAUCAACAACAAAUACAUGCAGGAGUUACAACAGUUUGCUUCAUUCCUUGAGAAAAAAUAUUUCUACUUAGAGUCUAUGAGAUGCAGAAUUUUGCUCCUAACUUCUCAUUACUAUUCUCCUUCCUUGUCCAAUUUUAGCCUUCCCUACAUAUUCGCUUUUCGCACUAUUUUUGCUUCAUCCUUUUUCGAAACAAAUGAACAAAGAAAAGUUACACCAAAUAACAGCCUCACGAUUGCAUCAAAAAAAAAAUUACAGAAAAGUGUAUCCCAUUUUACCGAUGCAGCGUCGCUCACAUUUAAGAAUGCAAAACGAACUCACUUUUUACAAUCACUUAAAGAUGGAGAUGUGCAAAAAGCGUUAGUGCCUUACAUUCGAACUGUCUUAUGUAGACUUAAAAGGGUUAAAAUUGUGCGAACCAUUUCUACCUCUCUACAUCGCAUACACGCUGAUGGGGACAUUCAAGCAAACAUUCGGGAAGUCCUUCUAAUAUAUUUGGACAACCUCUCCGUUGACUUCUACAUUUUGAACCGCGUUUUCCAUUUCUCCCUUCAAGAGCACAUAUCUCCCCCCUUGCUCCUUAACGAGAAAGCAACAAAAAACACUAUCAAGUUUAGUGACAUUUCCUGUUGCGCCAAAUCGACAAAGCUACUUUCAAACAUCGAGGAAUAUAAGCAUGUGCUUAAUCACUAUUACAAGAAAUUCUUAAGAACUAAAAUUUUACUUUUAAGUGGUCAAUGUACUCUCUGCCUUUGA